AUGAAGCACUUUCAAGUUUUGCAUUUAGUCUUAGUCGUCUUGGUUUUGUUAACAACAUCAUUCACAGAAGCUCUUAGUUAUGCCAAGAGAGGAUGCAACGAUACGUGUGGGGAGGUUUCGAUUCCAUACCCUUUUGGAAUCGGAGCAGAUUGUUCCAUCAACGAAUGGUAUAAUGUUGAUUGUACCCACUCGACACCUUAUCUGUCUGCAUUCAACAACAUGGAGGUGUUGUGGGUGAACUUACAACUGCAAAUGGUUGUUAUCAAUGUCCCAAUGAUCGCUGAUCGACAUAAUCCAGUCCUGAAUAGCAGUACUAUCCUUAAUACCAACCAUGGUGACAGUCCCUUCCUAUUUUGCAAGUUGCAUAACAAAUUAGUCGUUGAGGGUUGUGGCAAUGCUGUCAUCAUGCAAGAUGGAAGUAUUGUCAGCGGAUGUUCAUCGACUUGUCGCAAUGACACUGUUAGCGACAUAAAUAAGUGCUUUGGCACCGGUUGCUGCCAAACCAGAAUUCCUCAUUAUCUCGAGUCCUUCACCUUGAAUCUCACAUGCUUAGAAAGCCAGGGUGGAUAUGAAGUUUGUAGGUCUGCCUUGUUGAUGGAUGAUAGUUUAGUAAUUGGAAAAAACUUCUCUCUCGGAUCUAUUCCUGGGAAUGGCGCUUCCGUUCCAAUAGGAUUUUUGUGGACCCUAACAGACCGCGACUACCAUGAACUAAACGGUUGUUCGGUCCACAAGAGUGUAAGGUUGACUGUGGGUAAAGAGAGUAGGGUGAAGUCUCAUAAGUGUAAAUGUGGUGUAGGAAGAUACGGAAACCCUUAUUUGGAGGGUGGCUGCGAAGUACCUGAAAAUUGUAAAGGGUGUGAGGUUAACGGAGGUCGUUGCAUCUAUCAGAUCACGUCUACGGAUGGAAAUGAAUAUACGGCCUUCAAUUGUUUAACCGGAACAAUUAGUGGAAGCAACAAAAUCUCAUUUGGUGUUGUUCUAGGUAACCUCUUCUCUCAUCUUGCAAUCCAUACAUACAUACAUAACAUCUAUAGUAAAAGUGCUCAUGGGUUGGGUUGA